UCGCUUCCGGACGUCAAUUGGGGCCAAACAUCCGGGUUUCUCACUUUUGCGUUCCGGCAGAUCCCACCUCGCCUUGCCGUUCCUCUGAACCUUUGCCUCCCUCGGGCCCAGGUCUCACACUAUUCCCACGCGCGAGAGCCUCAGCGACGGGAAGCCUCGAGGGACAUGGCGACUCCUGCGGCGCCAGCCAGCGGCGUCCGAAAUGGUGCUGGCCCGGAAUGGGGAGGCUUCGAAGAAAACAUCCAGGGUGGGGGCUCGGCUGUGAUUGAUAUGGAGAACAUGGACGAUACCUCAGGCUCCAGCUUCGAGGACAUGGGUGAGCUACAUCAGCGCCUGCGUGAGGAAGAAGUAGAUGCUGAUGCAGCUGCUGCAGAAGAAGAGGAUGGGGAGUUCCUUGGCAUGAAAGGUUUUAAGGGACAACUGAGCCGGCAGGUCGCCGAUCAGAUGUGGCAGGCAGGGAAGAGGCAAGCUUCCAGAGCCUUCAGCUUGUAUGCCAACAUCGACAUCCUGAGACCCUACUUUGAUGUGGAGCCUGCCCAGGUCCGAAGCAGGCUCCUGGAGUCCAUGAUCCCUAUCAAGAUGGUCAACUUCCCCCAGAAAGUCGCAGGCGAGCUCUACGGACCUCUCAUGCUGGUCUUCACACUGGUCGCCAUCCUCCUGCACGGGAUGAAGACUUCUGACACCAUUAUCCGGGAGGGCACCCUCAUGGGCACAGCCAUAGGCACCUGCUUCGGAUACUGGCUGGGUGUCUCGUCCUUCAUUUAUUUCCUUGCCUACCUGUGUAAUGCCCAGAUCACUAUGCUCCAGAUGUUGGCACUGCUGGGCUACGGGCUCUUCGGGCACUGUAUCGUCCUGUUCAUCACCUACAACAUUCACCUCCACGCCCUCUUCUACCUCUUCUGGCUGCUGGUGGGUGGGCUCUCUACCCUGCGCAUGGUGGCAGUGCUGGUGUCCCGGACUGUGGGCCCCACCCAGCGGCUGCUGCUCUGUGGCACACUGGCUGCUCUACACAUGCUCUUCCUGCUCUAUCUGCAUUUUGCCUACCACAAGGUGGUAGAGGGGAUCCUGGACACCCUGGAGGGUCCCAAUAUCCCACCCAUGCAGAGGGUCCCCAGAGACAUCCCUGCUGUGCUCCCUGCUGUGCUCCCUGCUGCCAAGCUUCCCGUCGCUGUGGUCAAUGCUACCGCCAAGGCACUAGCAGUGACUCUGCAGUCACACUGACCCUCUCUGAAAUCCUCGGCCUGCCCUGACCCCCAGCUCCGGGGCAGAAGAAAAUUAAAGGACAGUUCUGAGGAUGUGUGCUAUGUCUGCAGCCACCAAGCUGUCCUUGCCUAAACACCUGGGCACCAGGCGUGGCUUCUGAAGGGCACAAGGCCAGGAACUCAUGCGGACUGCUAGUCUGCAGACAAGUGCAGAAUGUGGGCCAGCUCUUCUGAGGCCCCCCACCACCUACCCCUUUUUCUCUCCCUUCCCCUCCUGCCCUGCUAAAUAUAGACUUGGUAAUUAAAAUACUGAUUGAAGUCCGGA